GGGUAUAAAGAGCAGAGGGUUUCCGCUUCCGAGGUGAAGCGAGAGCUCGAGCACCACUCACAAGAGCAGCCCAUCUUCAUCUAAUUGCACCCACAUCCCCCACCCCUCACCCCCCUACAGACAGCCCACCGCCGCCAUGGGUCGCCUGCCGCCUGCGGAGAAGCUCUCCCUUGUCGUCCGCAAGAACGUCCGAGACGAGUGGGACAGCAACAAGGCGUCCAUCGAGGGCCAGCUGUCAGAGCUGCUGGGCGUGCCGUGGACGGUCGAAGCGAACCCGAACGCCAUCUGGCCGUACCACAACGACGGAUACGCCAAGGAGUCGCUCGGGAGCUGCAUCAAGAGCUACGUCGAAGGCGCCAUCUACCAGAUCAAGUACCUGGCGGGGCGGUACGGCGACGAGCUCAAGACGGAGAUCAACGACCUGUGCCCGGCGCACAUUCUCACGCUCGAGCUCGAAGAGGCCGCGCCGCCGCGCUUCUCGUACGGCGGGUGCGACGUAUCCGCCGACGGCAAGCUGCGCGUGUUGUUCGUCGACGGCAGCCUGGGGACCAACAUCGACUACGCUUGCCAGGAGGAGUCGCUUUUCAGAGCGCUCAACACGGCACCCACGGCCGCGGCGGCCGGGAAGCCCUUGAGCUUCGUGGCGCGCAACGGGAUCCGCAACGAAUACGACGCGCAGAUCGGCGCCACGCGCGCCGAGAUCGCCGAGCUGCUCGGCAAGACGGCCGACGCGGUGACGCUGACGCCGGGGUUCGAGGCCGCGUUUGCGGCGCUCGAGGCGGCAGCCGCCAAGAAGGGCAGCGACGUGCGCGACGACUGGCAGCAGAACCUGGGCGGGUUCGCGGCCAAGUACUUCGCGGCGCUGGCGUACCAGAUGAAGUACCUCAAGGUGGGCGAGGACGAGAUGGUGCAGGAGGGGUUCCUCGAGGCGGUCAGCACCAACGAGGUGGCGUUCCGCAUUGUCGAGAAGCUCAAGUACGACUCGUACUGCGAGGUCGACAUCGAAGACGGGGUGCUGUACCUGCAGACGACGGCCGAGCGCUGGGGGUCAAACAUUGACUACGUGGCGUCGCAGCUGAUGGACCGGCUGUGAUUGACUGUUUUGUUUGCAUUUCCAUCCAGGUAAAAGGGGCAGGUCAGCUGCAGACAGAAAACCCAAUUAGCGUAAACGAGAGGACUGCUUGAUUUCUUGACAUGAUACAGACUCGCUAGGGGUUCUCGCGCCGUGUUAUUGUCAAUUAAUUAGGUGCCUAGUCAGACUAGGCCCAAUUACUGGCUCCAUUGAAUACG